AGCUUAAUUAGAUGUGGGUAUACCCGACUUUCGUCAAAGUAGUUAAAGCUGCCGUUGCCGACCGGCGAAUGCUGCACCUCGUUUGCAAACCGUAGAAUACGUGACUACUUGAGAAAUAAGAAGAGUAGAAAAAAUUGUAAAUAAAUUUCUAUCUAGUUUUCACACGAGCCGCAGGUGGAAAUUCGUCCUAUUAAUUCAAAGUUGGAAUUCUGAAAAAGUCAUAAGCACACAGUCCACUAGGUGUAUUUCUCGUACGUUAGAUCCACAUCGGCUUCUCUUUACCACGCGACGUAGUCGUCAACGUCGUCUGCAGUUCACGAUUCUCGACGUACUUUCAUUUAUUUAUAACGUCGUACCACCCGGAGUAUAGAUAGAAUAAUGCCAAGAAAAGCACACGUCCGUCACUUCUCAAGAUCCAGUGAACAAUUAGGUGGGGUUCGCACAAACUUGGACCAAAGGGUCCUCCGAAUUGACAAAUUGUAAAUUUUCUGCUCCACCUCACCCAUUCGACCCUCGAUUGGUUUCGCUCCGAAAGUUAAUUAGCCUCGUAAAGAGAUACACCUGCACACGAACCAUUCAACUUUGUGCGAUUUUACGCAACUUCUUCGGCAGCAGCGAUGGCUCGAAUUAAACUACGCCGUUUCCCCUGACGUAAUCGCAUUUUCUAUAACGCGGCCGCCGUUCAAAGGUCAAAGUAACUUUCACCCCCCGGAACAAACCCCCUCCCGGUGUUGAUCUUUCACGCCAUGGUCAAGACCUACAACUUCGGACCAACGGAAUCCUCCCGCCGUAGCCACACGGUCAUAAAGUACCGCUACCAAAACCGAUUAUAACCAAGGGUUGAAUCGGUUUAUCGUUACCCCUCGCGUUAAUUCCGUCACCUCGCUCGACACAUUCUCCGACAGUGCAGGUGCUGACUCCGAGCCGCAAAAUAUGAGCGGUAUUACGGAUGUUAUAAUACCGCGAUGCGGAAAUUCCGCACCCAAUCCGAAUGAACGCCUGAAGCCUGUCUGUUUUCCGCAUUAAAGCGCACGUGGUUGCAAAUACUUCCCAUGUAUCCGAAGUGCAUGAUGGUUCUACCUAUCUUCUUCAAAUAUUCCACGCGGUUUUUCCUUACGCGCCGUUCUGGCGCCUCCAGUCAUUUUACUAUUUUUGAUUUAUCCUGUUUUUUCUGUUUUUCUGUUUUUUUUUUUUUUCUUCCGCUUUAACACGAUGUGACUCUGCGGAGGUUAUCGAGGGUGUGAGUGGGUGAAAAUUACCGUGAAUUGCGAGUGUAAAAUGUGAACGUACGUGUGUACGUAGGUACCGUAGCGCAUGAUAUAUUUGCGUGACGCGAAAAAGUAUUAUUCAGAGCAACUUCGUCGUGCCUAAUUGCGUAUAGUGCUCGUUCUACCCACCCCACCACGGUUUCUCCUGUCGCUGAAUAAAUAAUAGUAAAGGAACCAGGCAAUCGAUAACAUUUCAACCACUACUAGUCGGGGCCAUACCGAGCAAUUUAUAAUAAUCAAUGUCCGAUUCUAUCCACGGUGAUAUUCUGUGGUAAAGCAAGAUUGCCAACUGAUAUCGAACCGGAUGGGAGCUUAUGACGCGAGAGUAAUCUAAGUGGACCAAUUUUUAUACGACGAUUGCUGCAACGAAGCAUAAUCAAAUGUGAUUUCUUCACAUCAAAGAGAUCAAGACUCAAAAACGAUACGUUGAAAAAGCCUCAUUUGCCGUGAGUCAAAGAUGCCGGAAUAAAUCACUGGAAAUGAUCACGUGACGUGAGAAGAGCCGAGCUCGAAACGAGGCUCCGUUGGGUGAAAUGAGUUCCAACGGGAAUACCGGUUCUCAGGAGGGAGGCACGGGCGCGGAGUACGGCAGCAGCGAUGAAACUGCUGCCUUGCUGAGCAGGGGGCCACCUCCCCCGGUGGUGGUGGCGACAGCACCCCAAGGUAAACCGGUGCUGACUCGGCAGGAUCGUGCCACGUUUCUUGUGGCAUCGCCUCAGUUGUCAGUCUCGGGAUUAGGCGGAUCAGAGGAAAGUGGAACAACCGAAGAUCCCGCUACCAGGUCAGUACCGGACAUUGAACUCCAUUGUCGACUCGAUGGAGAACCUCAACCCGCAAUGGCACCCGUCGGGGUAUCCUGUAGGACGAGACAUUGCUCCACGUCCCAUCAUGGAUACAACAGGUGCCGUUGCGACAGGAGGGAAUCACUGGCACCAACAUCAGCUAUGCACUUGGCGCGAAGCGUCUCAAGAGAAAGUGUGAGAAGCGGUCAUCAUUGCUGUCCGUGUCCAGCUGCACCUCCGCCUCCGGUACUGGUGACAACAUCGCCGAGUGCUCGAAUUAUUCGACAAAGUUCGCAGCCGGAAGCAUCGGCGUGUUGUUGUUCGGGAUGUUGCUGCCCCCUACACGGAGGAAUAGCACCCAGUGCAGCUUCCCUCAGACAACUCCGCGAACCUGGCGAGGGUAUCGCUGGUAUUGCCGCAGAUUCUCUGCGGAUCAAUGGCGGUAUCAGACAAUUUCGGCAGUUUCCCUGGUGGUGCAAAUCGUCCUCAACGACGACGCCCAUGAUGGCCACGACGCCUCCACCUCCAACUGCAGGUUGUGCAGCUUCUGGUUCUGGUGUACAGGGCGUCUUGCUCUGCCCGCGCACGCUGUCGCAGGCGCGACGUACCCGACUACGGAGGGCGCUGACCGAGGCCACCGCGGAGACUGUCACCUACGUCAAGACGCUGCAGAAGCCUGCAGUCUCGACGCAGUCGAUUCCCAGCGCGAUGAAAACCAGCGGAGGGGUCUCAGGGGGCCCUGGAGGCAUCGGUGGUGCUGUGGCCGGACCCGGUGUCGGCGCCGGCGAGGAUGCUGGAAUUGCUCUCGUUGGCGUCCACUCGGAGUACCCUCGCUACAUGGAAGAACGUGGCCUUGGCGGUGGCUCGAUGAAGGGUCCCUCCGGCGGCAGCAUAGGGCCCGCCUCUAAGCACAAGCCGAACGUUGGCUAUCGCCUUGGUCGCCGGAAGGCCCUCUUCGAGAAGCGAAAGCGCGUUAGCGACUACGCUCUCGUCAUGGGCAUGUUCGGCAUCAUCGUAAUGGUCAUCGAAAACGAACUUUCCAGUGCCGGGAUCUACACGAAGGCUUCGUUCUAUUCUACCGCCCUGAAAACCCUGAUCUCUAUGUCUACUGUGAUACUGCUUGGCCUCAUAUCUGCUUAUCAUGCCUUAGAAGUUCAGUUAUUCAUGAUCGACAACUGCGCGGACGACUGGCGAAUCGCAAUGACAUGGCAACGAAUCUCUCAGAUAACCAUCGAGCUAAUGAUCUGCGCGAUACAUCCCAUCCCUGGGGAGUAUUAUUUCCUGUGGACAACCAAACUGGCCAAUAAAGGUGGUGACAUCGGGUCGAAAUGGGUCCCCUACGACGUCACCCUGUCGCUCCCGAUGUUCCUCAGGCUCUACUUAAUCUGUCGUGUGAUGCUGCUGCAUUCUAAACUAUUCACCGACGCCUCUUCGAGGAGCAUAGGAGCCCUGAACCGCAUAAAUUUCAACACUAGGUUUGUUCUGAAGACUCUGAUGACGAUCUGCCCCGGCACGGUGCUCCUGGUCUUCAUGGUAUCCCUAUGGAUAAUCGCCUCAUGGACAUUGCGGCAAUGUGAAAGGUUUCACGACGAGGAGCACGCGAACCUUCUGAACGCGAUGUGGCUCAUCGCCAUCACCUUCCUGAGCGUUGGGUUUGGCGACAUCGUGCCGAACACUUACUGCGGCCGAGGCAUUGCUGUUUCCACGGGAAUGAUGGGAGCUGGGUGCACUGCUCUACUGGUAGCGGUUGUUUCCAGGAAGUUAGAACUGACUAGAGCCGAAAAACACGUCCACAACUUUAUGAUGGACACCCAGCUGACGAAGAGGUUAAAAAACGCAGCCGCCAACGUUCUCAGGGAAACGUGGCUCAUUUACAAACACACGAGACUAGUAAAACGCGUCAAUCCCGGCCGCGUCAGAACCCAUCAACGAAAAUUUCUUUUGGCAAUUUAUGCGCUCAGGAAAGUAAAAAUGGAUCAACGAAAAUUAAUGGACAACGCUAACACGAUAACGGACAUGGCCAAGACGCAGAAUACCGUCUACGAGAUUGUUUCGGACAUGAGUACACGGCAGGAUGCUUUUGAAGAGCGUUUGGUCAGCCUCGAGGACAAACUUACGGCUCUCCAAGAACAAGUGGAGAUGUUACCGGAAGCUUUAACUCGGAGCCUGGCUCAGCACGCGGAAAGACUGGAGCAGAGGCGUAACUUUUUGCACCCGGACACCGCGGCGAUCGUGACAUCCGGUGGCGGAGGUCUCGGUAUCGGUAUUCCAGGAAGUACAGGGGCGGCCCAUCAUCCGUUAGGGAAUUUGGUAACCUCGCCACUCUUGCCUCACUCGAGGAGCGUACCGUCGGCGCCCAGUACCGCGUCUCUCCAUCCCUGGCCAGCGAGUCCGGUUCUUCCGCCGAUAUCGAGUCGCACGCCCCAUCUUGUACCGGAAACUGGUAGACACCACGGCACGAUAACCCACCAGCCUUCGGUGCCGGCAUCCUCCCAAUCCUCGAGCGGUAUCGGGGUGAACAACAACCAAGAUCCGGGGCCGUCGGCACCCAGCUGAGCCUUGUCCCUGCAACCGCAGCAUUCCUAUUAAACGAACGGGCCCUUUUGGCCCGAUGCUAUUCGCGAUUCUCUGCCCGAAAGUAGUGGAGCGAUUCAGCAUGCGGGUCUAUAUAUAUAUAUAGUUAACGAGUUGAUCGUUGGAAAGACACGGGGUGAUAAAAUCUGAUACCGCUGCUGCCCUGGACGAACAAAAUAAGAAAAAAGCCUAAACAAAAUAGCGAAUACUUUCGAUAAUAUUGUUAUUAUCUUGAUCGUUAUGCGUAGGUGUGUAACGUGUAUAAUACACUCCAUGCCGCACGUUCGCAAUCCACAUGUAACGUAUAAUAGAAGAAACAAAAAUGAAAUCUUUUUUUUUUUUUUUUCGGAUCUCCCCACACUAUCAGCUACGAACGAGCGUCGCCGUGGAUUAUGCUUCGCACCUGCCGCAAUCAGCGUUGAUAUCAAGGGUACGAAUACUAUGCAUAGACGUAUACCCGAAGAACACUAUAUUUAAUCAGUGCGUGAACAUCGCUGUAAGCGAAAGAUUCGAAUCUUGUGUAAUGAAAAGAAGAAGGAGCAGAAAAAAAAUGAGUAAAACAAAAAAUUCCAAAACAAAGGGUCAAGGUUCAAGGUCGCCGGAGAUACGGGGUCGCGAACACAGGGUGGGGAAUCACCCUCGAACCUGCUACUCUUUGCGAUGGACGGUUAAUCCUGCGUUGCCAGGGUCGCGGUAUAGGAUUAAAACUCGUGAGAUACGGCAGGGUUAACGCGAAAUGCAGGGAUUCUUCCACCUGCUGCGGAUUGCCUUCUGCCCGACAACCGUGCCUCAAAACUUUUACUUAAUGUUAAUAUAUUAACGUCAUUCGAAACUCGACACCCAUCUCUCUCCUACCCGUUCUCUACUCUACAUCUCGAAAAAAUAAAAAAUAAAAAUAAGUAAAUAAAAAAAUUUUAAGUAAAUAUUUAACAAAAAAAAAAAAAAAAAGACAUUAUCUGAAAAAAUAAUUAAAAAAAUUAAAAAAUCGCGGACGGACUGCAGGCUCAUUGUUAUAUACGUAUACCGAUUCAUUUGAUAUUUGAUUACUUUAAUACCGUCGAAAAGGCAUGAGGCUCAAAUCAUACUUCGUUGAAAGAUGAGACGCUUAUGCACUUUGAAAUUGAGGUUGAAGGCAGGGAAAAAAGAUUUCAUUGUCAGUCAGGCGAUGCAGAUUAGUUUGAAAAACGAAGUUUCAAUAUCUCCAUACGACGAUCAACGACGCAUUUUCUACGCCGAGAUAAUCCUGUGAUUAAACGAGUAUUUAUGUAGCUACUAGUAAAUUACCCUUGCCGAAAGUCCGUAGUAAUAAUUAUACUAGACCGUUUCAAAAGCAACGAAUUGAAAUAUUUUCACGCGACACGAAUGGUCAUGGAAAACCCCAAUUCCAAAGUGCAUGCAGCGUCUUAUUAUACAGCACACGAUAUACGUUCGCAGUGAUCAAGGGUGCUACAAUUUCCAACCGGAGGAAGUAAGGGAGAAAUACAAACACGACGAUGUCGCCGUGUGAAACUUGAGGUUGUCGAACGUAUCCCCGGUUGAUAAUAGUCGCUGUUCGUUGAAUAAUCCUCGGUAAGCAGGUUUUCAUGAAAAUAUGCACGUGGCAUAUAUUUCGGAAGAAAUACCCCUCGUCCUGUCCGUAAUUUUUGAAUACGCAGUUUCGUGGUUACAUCAUGAAAAAUGGAUGCCUCGGAACGGGACCAAGAAGACCAACGCUAUUGUUUGUCAAAAACCCUCUAUUCUCUGUCAAGUCUUUUCGCGCACACAUGAAUACGACAACUGCACACUAUUUUUAUAUAGAUUUCGAGGAAGUGCACUAAUCGUAUAUAAGUAUAAUAAAAUAUAACGUCAGAUUUUGACGCGCGAGAUUCGUCACCGGAUCAACUGUGUCAAUGUCUAUCUAUAACUUGAGAUUGAAAAAAGUGCAAACAAAAACCAAACGAGAGAGCACGUGUUAAAGAAAAUGGAGAAAGUCAUUAGAAAAAUUAAAAAACAUGACUAAAUAGGCUCGGGAAUCAGCCCUUGACGCAAACGAAAAAAAAAAUAAAGAAAACCUCCUAAUGUAAUAACAUGUAUCUAGUCGUCGGUCAACAUUGAACGCUCAUUGUCAAAAAAAAAAAAAAAAAAAACAAAACAAAACAAAACAAAACUGAAUAUUCGUUGAUAAUAUUUAUAAAAAAAAGCUAAAUAACAAAAAAAAAAAAGGCAGAGUAAGCUUAUAGCUGUGUGAAAUCAGAGUGCACGUUUAUGGGAGACAUCAGACGAUUAAUGAAGUUGUAGCCUUAACAUCGUAUAAAAAAGAAAAGAUUAAACAAAUGGAGCUAAAUACAUGCAUAUAAUAAAAACUAUAAGAUGUGGCAAAUCCUCAGACAUUAGCAUGCGAAUUUAACAAAGUGGAAUUGAAUUGAGGGCGAUUUGUACCAACUGACCAUACCGCUGACUACAGGGUCUUGGUAUCAGAGUGGCGCGGUUUAGCUGAUUCAUAAGAUGCAUAUCGAUGUACAAUAGUAUGUAAAUUAUGUACCUGGUAAUGGAUAAAGUAUUGGUAUAUGCAUAGAUAUAUUGAACAUAUAUGGAUAUAGCGUCCACGUCACUCUUGAGAAUGGGCUCUGUAGCUAACAGUGACGCCUGUGGUGAAUGACCGCCAAUGAAUAACAACUUAUUGGUUACGGAUGUACACAAACCCCAAUCAUUACUGGCAUAGUUAGACACUACGCGAUAUGAUUUAAGUUGGCGUAAAAUAUCCCCAGGGGAAUUUACGGCAGCGCAACGGCAGAGGUGGGGAUCUGGCGCCACUCGACCCGCAUCCAUCGUACGCAAAUUUCACUAGGAAUAUUUCGCGCCAACCUAAAUCAUAUCGCGUAGUGUCUAACUAUGCCAGUAAUGAUUGAGAUUUGUGUACGUACCGUAUUUCCGCGCAAAGGCUCUCAUAGGAGAAUCAGUGAGUUGGGGUCCUGAGAAACUCCAGUUUCGGUUCAAGGUACCCGGGCAUUCUCAGUCCGAUUACAAAGGUUCGUAAUCGAGAGCAUUGUUUUGCCACUUAGAACUCGGUGUUGUUACGAACAGAAAAUUUCCACAAUCCGUUGGCAAAUCUUAAUGAAAAAUCGCGAAGGCUGGCGACCAAAAUUCGAUGAAUCUAUAUAGGAUAAUCGCGAUCCGAUUGGGUAAAAUCAUUUCGGGAGUCGCAUGUCCUGCAAAAUUACAUAUCGGUUUCACACGUCAAAAUUGUACUUUUGUAAAACAAGCUCUGGUAAUGGGACUUUUUGAAGGGGCUGAAAAUGUUGUCACUCCGACUAACUGAAUCUGCAGCUAUGAGGACCUUCGACCAGAACUCACGGUACAAAAAAAAAAAAAGAGAAACCAGUGGUUUUGGGCUAUACAUGUGCCAGCCCUUCAACUUCCCGUUUCCACGCUAAUUUGAGCUUAAAAUAAUGAAAAUAUUCUCAUUUCAUCGGAAUCCGUUCGUCUGCAGUCUUCGAGUUAUAACUAUUUUCAAUCUUUUUUUUAGUGUUAUAUUAUGUUUUAGAAUAUUUCGAAAACUACCGAACCGAUCGAAGCCAAAAUCUAAUCAGUUCUGAGUUCGAAAAAGACGUGUUGAUUGAGACCAACUUCGUCCAAAUCCGACCACUCGUUCUCAAGAUAUCGACGGACAAAAAAUUGAUCACAUACAUAAAUACAUGCAUACAUACAUACAUACAUGCAUACAUCAUUGUGGGGUGGUUACAAUAACUUCCUUUUUUUCUCUGAAAUCAGAGAAACAGGAAGUUGAGAAAAAUCAGAAUAACAACUGAGGAUUGAAUAUUUAAAAAAGUUCUACCUUACAUCACUCGAAUUACAGACCAUAAAUAGACUCAACUAUUCUCUUUGUAGCCUUGUCAUUUCUACUUACUGAACUACUGCUAAAAGAAAAAAAAAAGUACAUACGUACAUACCAACAUGAGUACAUAAUACAUACCUGCAUAAGACAUAUAUACAUUACAUUAUAUAUAUAAUAUAUAUAUAUUAGGGUGGUCCUUAUUUUGGGUAUAUUUAAAUUUUUUUUUACGACAGUUUUAAAUCGGUUCAAAAUGUAUGAAAAAAAAAAUGCCUGCCAAAUUGCAGCCCUCAAUUCCAAUAUUAACCCGUGCACCACGGUAGUCAAAGUUUUUGAUGUAAAUAACAUGUGAAAAUGUCAUCUUGUUUUUUGCAAUCUUGUAAGUUGUUACCAUAUAUACUUAAAAUUUUGGACUAUAUGGUUUCUUAUAGGAAAUUUAACGUUCUACAAAAAAGGUCCUGUAUGAUUUUACGCUAACUUUAUUGAUUCGAUAGAUAUUAAAAGAAAGAAUGGGCUUUAUCAAUUGUGACUGACUGUGCUGAGAGAGAAGUUAAAUUAGUGCAAGAUUUUUGUGGGCGAUACACUAAGGAUAGAAAGCAACUUCAUUACGUAUUACAAUUAGUUAAUAAUCACAGAGAACAGUUUCCAGAUGAAUGCAAAAUAUCAAAUAUAUAAUAAAUAGAUUAUUUUGAAAAUACGAUAACCAAAAGGUUCUAAUUAAAUUCUUCGCAAUACGUGCAGUGGCAAAUUGAUGAAGUCCAUUCAUUCAACUUUAACUUUGAAUAUCUAUUGAACCGAUAAAGUUAGCGAAAAAUCAUACGAAAUCUUUUUUGUAGAACGUCGAAUUUUCUAUAAGAAACCAUGUAGUCUAAAAUUUUAUGUAUAUAUAUUAACGACUCACAAAAUUGCAAAGAACGAGAUGACAUUUUCACAUGUUAUUUACAUUUAAAAGUUUGACCACCGUGGUGCACGGGUUAAUAUUGGAAUUGAGGGCUGAAAUUUGGCAGGCAUUUUUUUUUCUAUAUAUUUUGAACAGAUUUAGGACUGUCGUAAAAAAAAAAUUCAAAUAUAUUCAAAAUAAGGACCACCCUAAUAUAUCUAUUAUAUACACACACUAAUAUGGUACCAAAAAAAUAAAAUAACCAUGAUAGAAAAUUAAUAUGCCUGAAAUGGAUAUGAACAUCAUCGAUUACCUUUUACUAAACCCUAACCAAAUGAAACAAAAUAAAAAAAAAAAUUAAAUAAAUUAAACAACACGAGUAAACGAGUAAAUAAAAAUAAAUCCCUCAACAGACAUAUAUUAUGUACUAUAAGUAUAUAUAUACAUCUACAUAGAUAAAUGUAAUGUUAAAUUUAUAAAAAAUUACGCGUAGCUUAGGAUAAAUACGAAGAUUCAAGUGGUGGCCGCUGUUUUUACGCGGGAAUGCUAUGGUAUUAAAGUUUUACGACUACAAUAUAUUAAUAUUAUAUGUAUAACUACGUACAUAUGUAUAAAUAUACGAUUAAUAUUGAAAUAAGAGUUUCAACGAUUUAUAUACGGAUUUUCCGUUACGUUGUAGAUGUAACUACUCUUGCUGCCUCAAUUAUUUUAGAUUUGAGUCAGCGAUCAUAUUUGAAUACAUAAUAUAAUCGAAACAUUAUCGCAGUCUUAACUUCUUUGCAGACAGAAAAUAAUUAAUGAUAUUUGUAAUAAUAAUAGUAAUCUUAGUAAUAAUAAUAAUAAUAAUAAUAAUAAUAGUAAUAAUAAUGAAAAAUAUAAUAAUACCAACAAUACAUAAUUGUGAUUCAGAAUACGUUGAACAAAAGUAAACUCAUUAUUAAAUCGAUGAAUUAUUCACGGACUUCGUCAGUAGAGUAGUUUUUAUUUCAACUAUUGAAAUAUAUACGCGAUUAAUAGACAUAAGGGAAGGCGGGGCAAAAUAGGGUACCACAAAAAUUUUGUAGGAAUUCUUUUGCAAAUGAUCGAAAAGGAUUUCAAACAUCAUACUGGAUUCAACAUUUUUUUUUCUCAUGGUUUCCUCGAGUACCCCGCUUUGCCCCGUCUUUCCAUAAUUAUUAUUCUUCACCCGGAUCAUUACCGUUACAUAUAUAAUACUAGUCUUAACUAUAAAUUAAGGCAAGGCCUUUACACAUUAUCCAGUGGUUAUUGCCAUCUAUAGUUGUUAUAUCAAUUGACCAAAGAUUACCUACUAAUUACUAUGAAUUAAAUACCGAUUUAGAUUAUAGAGAGUGCGAAUCGAUGAAGAUAAUGUUUAAGUUUAGGAAAUUACUACUACAGUGAUAUACAGGGUGUUUCAUAUUAUAAAUCCGCGCAUUAUAAUACCAAUGGACGGCAAAUAUGUAACACAUAAUAUGGCAUGAUACGGUGCAAGACGAACUCUUACAUAAACUUACAUCGAGAUAUAAUUACAUUUCGAAAAAUUGUACGCUUUUUCGAUAUGAUACACGUAUUAUAGUUCCCAGAAUUUCGCCCGACUUUACUUUGCAUCUCGUCCGAAAUUUCCCGAUUAUUAUCAAUUCCACCCCGCCAAUUCCUGUUUUUCGAUAAAUCCCACGAUGAUUGCAUUUAAUAUUUUUCGAACCGAUUGAAAUUUCUAAUGAAAAAAUUAACAACGUCGCCCGAAGAAUAAUGCGGGAGCUUCGAUCCACGUAUCACAAAACGCAAAAGCGUACAUAUAUUUUGAAUCUCAAAAUACUCACGAAAUGACAACCUGUACAUAAGUGUUGAUACAAGAAAUACUGCGUUUGUAUAUAUUGUUAAGUAGUUUUAAUUAUCGCGUAAAAAGUAACGUAAUAGAAGUUAUUAUUAUAUACACAUACAUACAUUCAUUGGUAUAAAUAUACAUAUAUAUAUAUGUAAAUGUAUAAUAUUGCACAGAAAAAAUGAACAACCGAUAUAUACAUAUAUAUACUUAUAUACAGAGACAUAUUAUGUAUAUAAUAAAUUUGAAAAAAGCAUUCAAUAUUUACUGCUGAUUUUAGGCUUGUUUACAAAAUUAAUAUUAACUACAACUGGAUUGUAAAAAUGAAUGAAGAAAGAUAAUUAGGUGUAUAUUUAUCGAUUUUAAUAAUGGCUAAGUUCGUUACGUUGUUAAUAAUUUUAUUCGCGGGUUGUUUAACUACUGCAAGCGUGCCUGAGUAGUUUCGUAAUUUUAAAUAAAUUAAAUUUUUGAGAAUAAGAAUAAUCCUGAGCGAAGGAUCCCUGACAGCGUGAUUCAUGAGAUCUUUUUAGUCCUGUAUAAUAUUUAUGAUUGAUGCUACACGUGUCACACUUUAUUCAAACGCUCAUUUGUUCACUCGUAUAAUACUUAUUUAUCCGUUUAGUCGUUGAUUCACCUAUCAGUUGAAUUAUAUAAUCACCAUACAGUUACUACAUUCAUCGUCUUUGUUACUAACCAAUCUUGUUUUUAGAAACUCGAUAAGCGCGGAUUUGAGAAUUUUAAUGCAGAGCGAUCACUUCCUUUAAUUGUUCCUGUAGCCAUCUACUCAAGUAAUUUUAGUCGUUUAGUAUUUUAGUGUUUUAUUGUUAGUCAUUCAGUAUUUGAUAAACGUACGAGAACAUCGUAGGUAAAACAAUAGAGAAACGAGAAAAAAAAUAAUAGUCAUAAUAAUAAUCUUAAUAUUAACAUUAACAAUAACAUGAAUAAACCAAGUUUUAAUAUCCGAGGUAAUGAAAUUCUUAUAUAUAAGUCAAUCUUUUGUAUGCAAAUUGUAUAGUAUUUAUUAUCAGAUUAUAAACGCGUCGCCAAGUUCCACUUGUAUGAUGUAAUUAUGCACUGAUUGCAGUUACCAUGUAUAUCGAUAUCUUUUGAUCACUCCUGAAUCCUCUGAAAUCCCAAUCGACCCUAAGUAGACGGAAUCCAAGUCAGGUCGGACACGGCUGACACGAUUCUAACUCUUAUAGGCAUAGGACUUUGCGAGUCAUUGUCGGCGGUGGUACGUUGUAAUCAAAAUGUAACAGAUUAUUGGUUUUUGACGAUCAUUUAACGAGCAUGCGAUCGUUUCUAAGCUUUUUUUUUUCCAUUGUGUCAAUCAUCAUUGGAUCGUAACACUUGUAUAUUUGAUCGAAACAACAGAAAUGUGUAUUUUUCUCGUCGAUAAUGGAGAAAAGAAAUAAUGGAUGGUUACAAUGAUUUCAUACUAUAAACGUCGUGAAAAUUUGCAAAAAUUCGGAAAUUAUUGAUCUUACGUUUGGUUUUACGUUCAUAUAAAUACAUAAUUAACAUACGAGUAAAAAUAUUUUACGAAACACGAAAUAACCUAAGACACGCUAGUUGAAUAUAAAUACUUAUGUGAAUGAUGAGGUGAGACGUUUGGUCUGGUAAAAAAAAAACUAUUGUAAUUUUUUAUCUUCCGAUACAUUAUACCUGGGGUGAAAUAUUCAUAUGAUACUGAUGAAUUUUUGUCUACAGAUUUCGGGGUUUUUUUUGGUUUCUGCAUUAUGCUUACACGUACAGAAGUAGAGGGGGAAAAUUCAAGAGUUGGAAGAAAAUGCAGCCGAAUUUUGGUCAUGUUUAUCAUAUAACAAAAUUAUUAUUCAUAUUUUGAUCUUAUACAAAGUUUGAAGAAAGUUAUACUAAAUAGGGAAUAUAGAAUCUCUCUAAUUAAACCAUAACAUACAUGUACCCAUAUUUUAUUAGUAACCAUACCUGCGUAUUGUACCUUAUAAAAGAUAAAAGAAAAAAAAAAAAAGAAAAAUUUCACACAAGCGAGGAUGAAAUUUUUACUUGUUAUUAGUAUUCUGGAUAUCAAAAUGUUUGCACGGAUUGAAUUGUUAUAAUAUUGUUGAGCACACCAAUGACAUUCCCAUGGUUGUAGAAGACAUUCGAAAUUCAUUAAUUGCUUUCUAAGACUAACUAAGGUGCAAUUUACCCUCGUAAAGAGAAUUCGUAACGAAUCCUUAACUGUUGAAUUGAGAACUGUUACAAAGUAAUGUAAUGGUGAAAAUUACCUGUGUAGCCAGGGGAUCAAUAAACAACUAUUUUCUAACAA